UGAAACGAUGCUGAUGAAGUUGGAAAGUAAUGAGCGAGGAUGCUGAAGCUGCCGGCAAGCCCGCUUUGUUCGGAGGAGCGCAAGGCUUUUGUGCCGCUGUCAUCCCGCAGCUCAUCCCCUGCUGCUUUGUCUUCACUUGGCCCUCUGAUACCGACCGUGAGCAACAGUGUGGUUUGUCAGUGUUGGACUGCAACCACCACCAGCCACAGCAGCAGCAGCAGCAGGUCAGCACCAUGAGUCUGUACGGGUCCAGUGCCAGCGGUGGUGCCGUCGGUGGUGCGAGAGAAAGAGGAGGAGCAGAACAUUACCGGGAACAACGGCGGCGCUCCAGCGACCGCUCGCGUGACUCCUCCCACGAGAGAGGAGAGAGUCAGCUGACACCUUGCAUCAGGAACGUUACCUCUCCCACUCGGCAGCAUGACCGCGAACGUGGUGACGGAGGCUCAUCCUCUAGAUCCUCCAGUCCACGUCCUCCCAGGGUUUCUCUUCCCUAUUCCCAUAUUGGAGGAACUCUGAUUGGAGGGCACAUACCUCGGUCCCUGGGUCUUCCUGGAGUUGACAGCCACCCCAAGACCCUGAGCCAAGGGCAGUGCGAUAUGAUCUACGUGUAUGACCUCAGCAGUAAAGAAGGACAUCGCAGUGGACUGAGACUGGGAGAAAGAGUGACGCUUAUCGUGGACAAUACGAGAUUUGUGGUGGAUCCUGCCAUCUUCACAGCUCAACCUAACACAAUGCUGGGCAGGAUGUUUGGUUCUGGGCGGGACAACAAUUUCACGCGACCCAAUGAGAAAGGAGAGUUUGAGGUGGCUGACGGCAUCAGUUCCACCGUCUUCAGAGCCAUCCUGGAUUACUACAAGUCAGGGAUAAUCCGCUGUCCCGAUGGCGUUUCCAUUCCCGAGCUGCGGGAGGCAUGUGACUACCUCUGUAUCUCCUUCAACUACAGCACCAUCAAGUGCAGAGACCUCAGCGCCCUGAUGCACGAGCUGUCAAACGACGGGGCCCGGCAUCAGUUUGAGUGUUACCUGGAGGAGAUGGUGCUGCCGCUGAUGGUGGCCAGUGCCCAGAGCGGAGAGAGGGAGUGCCACGUGGUGGUGCUGACCGACGACGACGUAGUGGACUGGGACGAAGAGUACCCUCCGCAGAUGGGAGAGGAGUACUCACAGAUCAUCUACAGCACCAAACUGUACCGCUUCUUCAAGUACAUAGAGAACCGAGACGUGGCCAAGUCUGUGCUGAAGGACAGAGGACUGAAAAAGAUCCGUCUGGGAAUAGAAGGCUACCCUACCUACAAAGAGAAGGUGAAGCGCCGUCCCGGAGGUCGUCCAGAGGUCAUCUACAACUAUGUCCAGCGUCCCUUCAUCCGCAUGUCCUGGGAGAAGGAGGAGGGGAAGAGCCGCCACGUGGACUUCCAGUGCGUCAAGUCCAAGUCCACCACCAACCUGGCUGCUGCCGCCGCGGACAUUCCCCAGGACCAGCUGGUGGUCAUGCAUCCCCCGGGGCCGCAGGUGGACGAGGUGGACACUCUGCCGCAACUGCCGGCCGCCAGCGACCCCCACCAAUCAGCGCACGGACAGGGCCUGGAGAACAACGCGACCCCCCAGCUAGCACAGGCCCACGAGGGCCUGAACCAGCAGGCUCAGGACAGUCCCAACCAGGCCGCGCAGGGUCUGGCCCACAGCAACCAGCAGCAGCAGCAGCAGCACAGCAGCAGCCACACUCAGGCCACUUACCACUAUGAGCCAGACCCUGACACACCGUCACCCUCUGCAUGAGACUGGCUGCACACUUAACCUACCCUCUGCUCCUGUGUUCACACUGCUAGCAGCAAGUGCUUUUAUUCACACACACACACACACACACACACACACUGUUCAGCCACAACUCUAGAACCAGUUAUGGGUUUUAAUGUUGUGGCUGGUCACCGAACAUCAUCACACUGAGCUAAAUUCAGAGCCAGAAACCUGAGAACACAGAGACACGGUGAAGCACAGAAAUCUUUUCCCAGCCUGAAGAAGUGGCUCUUCCUUCCCCAUGUUGCUUUCAGUGUGAACACAAACCUUGCUCCUGCACCUCCUCCACAGUCCCCUCUCAUCUCCUCUUCCUCCUCCUCUUCCUCCUCCUCCUAGGUGGCAAAACACCACUUUGCCUUCCGUCUGCAGCCUUUCUCUCACAGCGUCCCAACGAACAAGAACAGCUCAGCAGCUAAGGACAGAUAAAAGCACAUCAGCAGGCCUCCUCGCUCACCGACCUUCAUCCAUCCAUUUUAUUUAUCUGACCAGAGGAGAAAACAGAUGCAUUCAGUAAACAUGUGAACAGACAGAGUACUGUAUGUCGUUUUAAAGAAGCUGUGAGUGUGUGGAGUGUGCGUUGUGCUGCUAAGAUGCCGUACCUCUCUCAGACUGUGGAUUUCAGUGCCUCUUUACACUAAGUUCAGAUGUGAAGAUUCACUUUUGUCCAGCACAUGUGAAGGUUUAUGAUGACAGAGUUUUUGUUUUACACAGCACAGAUGAGGAUUCUUCAUAGGAUGUUCUGUCCUCCUGUCGUUUAUACCAGUUGGUUUGGUUCCUAGUUUUGGUUUCAGACCAUGUUUUUUUUUUUUACUGUUUCUCUUUUUUCGGCCCCAGUUUGAGUCCUGACUGAGCUGCUCUGAAAACUCUGCACAGGUUUAUCACCACUGCUGUGAGCACACAGGAUGUCAGAGAUGUUCAACACAAUGUUUUUCUAAUAAAGAAUAUUCAC